UAAAUAAGCCUUGUCUUUGUUUACAUUUCAAUUCAAAAUCGAGCGACACCCUCGCGAGUCGCGACUCUCGGUGGCGCUGUAUGCUGUUUUAUGCAAAUAUUUUCAGCAAAAUCGUAUUUUGAUGAUGGUAGUAAAUUGGAUUUAGGUGACCAGUGGUAUUUUAAGUCUGUAGAUGGGUGAUAGGGAGAUGGCAGAUGGCCUCCCAGACUGCUACCUUAGUCCUCGCCAACCAGCUGCUGCUGAGGACGAGGACACUGGGGCAGGCCUGGCAUCGGAGCUCAGUUUUAGCGAUGAACCGGAGCCAGCGCAGUCGCCGCCUGCGCGGUCGAUGACAACAACAGUGCAUCAGCAGCAGCAGCGGCUGGUGACUGCAGCGGUGCAACAGCAGCCGCGACAGGUGACUGCAGCGGUGCAACAGCAGCCGCGGCAGGAGACGCCCGGCCCCGAGGAGGAGCGCCGGCCUGCCGAGGGUCUGGUGUCGGGCGCCGCACCGGCCCCUGCGCCGGUACCGCCGCGUCCCCUGCGGCGGCUGGCGGGCAUCUUCGGCCACCAGGCGGGCGACGGCGCCGUCAGCCCGCCGCCGAGACCGACGCUGCUCACCACCGCUGACUGGGGGACGACCAGCGAGCCGCGACCCGACUACGGCGACGGCGAGGCGGCGCCGACCUCCGCGCCGCCGCCGCUGCCGCCGCCAGUGAUACGGCCGUCGGGCCGGCGGCGGUGGCGGCGGCCGGCGCCUGCCGGCUGGUGCUCGGACGACUCCAACCCUGCCGAGGCGGCGGCCCGUCGCCGCGAGCCGCCCGACGACGCGUCGGUGACGUCGCUGGAGUCUGAGGCGCUGGCGGCGGCCGAGUCGCGCGGCACCUCGCCCUCGGUGCUCUCCACCGGCAGUGUGGCCUCCAGCCGGCGGCUCGAGUGGGACGCCGCCGCCGACGUGGGCUACCAGGCGGUCGCCCCGCUGGCGCCGGCCGACAGUCUCAGCACGCUGGAGCGGAUCGCCAUCGGCAGCUACGCGGGUGUGCUGCGUGCUGAGCCGGAGGGCACGGGCCGGCCGGCGGCGCCGCGACGCCGCCACCGGCCGCUGCUGAGCCGAACCGGCCACCACCAGGAGCCGAUCGCUGAAGAGGCUGAACGCAGACGCGGCUCACAUGAGCGUUCACCGGCGCCGGCGCCGGCCUCCUCGUCAGGGGAGGCUGAGGAGGAGGAGGAGGCGGACGGGCCGGCGGAGCGGCCGGCCGGCCGGCGCUCCGUGCCGCGGGACGGCUCUGUCCGCUCCGCCCGCCGCUCUCAGAAGCGGUCGUCGCGAGGCGCGUCUCCGCGACCGUCGCCCGGGCGCCGCCAGAGACCCGUCUCCGCAGAGGUGCACCGGCACCGGCGCGGCCGGCUCUCCGCCAAGAAGUCCAGCAGUCUGUCGGAGCUGUCGGCCUCGCCGCACCAGGCGCGCCAGCCUGUGCGCCGCCGCGGCAGCCGAGACACGAGCAGAGCGCUGACCUUCUCCCCUCCCCCGUCCGCUCCCCGACCCCGCGGUGCACUGACCUCGGCCUCGUCCUCCCGCUGCUCCUCAGACGAUGACCAGUCUGACGCCGAACAGCGGUACUCCAACGCGCUGUUCUUCACCAGCUCUGACACACUUGUCGCGGUACCCGGUCACGUUCCCCUGCCCGUGAGCCUGUCCAAACUCGACUCCUCACUAUCCCAGUCCUCUCCUAACUCCUCGCUUCCCCUUUCAGGCGGUUCGCUGAAGCAGCGCUCCUCGGAGCAGACCUCCAAGCAGAGCAUCCAGACGGUGAUUUUCGUCGGCGGAGGUGCUGAGGAGGCGGAGACCUGCGCCGGCGCGCGGCCGCCCGACUCUGACCGCAGUGCGGCCGCCGGCGCCGCCACCGGCUCGGGCCGCUCGUCGCUGGACCAGCUGCCGACCCGCGACACGGGCCGGCCGGCCGGCACCGUCAUGUCAUACCUGGACACCUCGGAGGGCAGCUGCUACUCGUCCGUGUACGCCGCGGCCGGCACGCUCGGCGCCGGCGUCCUGCCCCUGUCGUCGACACUACGCGACUCAGUGCCCUCCACUGCCGAGCUGGAGCCAUGGACGGGCGGUGGCUCCUGCAGCCUGGCCGGUGGCUCGGUCAGCCGAGAGGCUUACAGUAGCGCCGCCUCGGCCAGUCGGGAGCGGCUGGGUGGCGCCCCCUGCGGCGGCGCUGGCCUGCUCGUGGAGGAGCGCACUGAGACGGUAGCCGAGGAGGAGUCGGGCCGGCGCGUCACGGAGACGGUGCGCCGAGCGCUGGCCGACGCCCGAGGUGCUGACUCCUACCGGGACGUACUGGAGGCGAGCGGCGAGUCUGAGCAGGCGGACGUGAUGACGGCGCCGACGGAGGCGGCCGUCACCGCCGAGGACAUGUCGGCAGAGGAGGCCGAGCAGCGGGUACGCGGCCUGUACCGGCGGCUGCGCGGCGCCGACCACUUCCGCUCGCUGCCCGCUCUGGAUCGGCCGCCGCCGCAGCCCGAGGACGGACGCGUCGCAGCGUUUUGGCGCCGCCGCCGGCCCGUGGCUCACUUCCCCUCCGAGCUGAGCGUGGCGGCCAUUCACGACCGGCUCAGGACCCGGCUGGCGGCCGUGGCGGACUGUCUGGAACGGCCGCUUCGAGCCGACCUGUACAAGUAUGUGGAGUUUAUCGGUACCAGCUGCCUGGACCCGGAGGAUGAGACGGUGAAACGGGAGAUGGCUGAGCGGGUGAUGAGGCUGCUGCUGCGACGGGAGGAGGCGGCUACCGACGGACUAGGGAGACACCGAGAGGGCGGCAGUGGCACCCAGGAGACAUCCUGCGGUUCUCAGCCGAGUCGCCUGUCGCCUCUGACGGCUGAGAGCGGCGGAGACACGCACCGUGACCGGUGGCCGGAGGAGGGUGCGUUCGGCGUCCGGGAGCGGCUCUGUUCGCCGGGCAGACGGCGGCCGGCCGGCUCACCGCUGCCCCGGGACAGACGCGGCUCCUCGGCGGCAGAGCAGGACGCGCGGGGACGGGAGGAGACGGAGAGAGCACCGGGAGCCUGGCGCUAUCAGCUGACACGCACCGAGCGGCGACUCCAGGCCGGCGCAGCGGCGGCUGAGGGCGAGGAGUCUGAAACCUCCGAGGUGGCGUGGCGCAGUCACAACUACAACCGCUCACUUCGUGACAGACAUCGGGAGCGUCCGACCGACACUACCAGCUCCGACUACGAGUUCAGCACGAUCCGCUCCCGGCAGAGGCGCCUCGAAGACGCCACGGCCUCGUCGUUUGAGUAUUAUGACCCGGGCCCGCGCCGGCGACGGUCGAGUCCGGACGAGGGUGCGUCGGCCCCGGAGGCGGCGGCGCGGCUGACGGCGCGCUCCGUGACCCCUCCCUCCCCGGCGCCGGGGUCGGUCCCGGGGCCGGACUGUGAUGAGGCCGACCACUCUGACCUGCUGCACCUACUGCGGCAUACCACAGACAACGUGAUCAGGAGCUCGCGGGAGACGCGCACCCGGCGCACGCCCGUACCGCCCUCCACCAGCAGUGACGCGGCAGCGGCCGAGACCCGGCACCGUCCCCGCAGUCGAACCACCAGAGGAGGCCAGAGACACUGCCGGUCGACCAGCGGAGAGGCCAGUCGCCGUCUGGGGUCCCUGGUCGGAGAGCAUCGUCAGAAGCAUGUCCAACAGCUGCAGCAUGAGAUCACCAAGCUGGGCCGCCUCGAGAGGAUGCUGCUUGGGGGCACCACUGUGGAGCUGGACGACUGUAGCUGGAGCGAGGACGGCUCCGCGGCGGGCGCGAGGGCCGGCCGGCGCCGCGGAGUCGAGGGCCGCAGCUCCCCAUCAGACGACUCGGACGAUCCGCCAGAGCCCAGCUCGGCCUACGCCCGGAUCCGGGAGACUCUGCAGCGGCGCCGCCGCCAGAUCGAGGCGCAGCUGAAUGACAUGGACCGCCGCCACCAGCAGUACAGCCGCCGGCUGGAGCGGUUCUCUGACCUGCCCGAGGAGGCGGGCGCGGCGACGGCCACUGACUCCGAGAGCGGCCCGGUCAGCCGGCGCGCAGACACCCGCUCCAGCGGCCAGCGGCGAGUGGCCAGUACAGUGACGGAGAGCCGGCGGCGCGCCGUUAGCAGCCAGGAAACCACCACUCAGACCACCACCCAGACCAGCAGUCGAACCAGCAGCCGGCGGCGCAGCGAUCGCGCCAGUCAAUGCGAGCUGAGCCCGACCGGCGGCACCGUCCAGGUGGUCACCCGGCGCAGCCGUGUGCUGGGCUCGGACGUCAGCACGCAGACGACCUCCGGCGGGCCGACGGACGCCGUACAGGUGUUCACCCGGCGCACCCGGGUCUCGGCUCCGUCCGACUCGGCCACUCAGACCACCUCGACUGCGCCGCGGCGCACGGUGACGGUCACACGCCGACAGGUGCCCGGGUCGCCGCGCCGCGCCCACCGUGCCGUCCAGACCAGCCGCUCGCCCGAGAGGACGGUGACGGUGACACGGCGGCGAGCCGUGCCGGAGCAGGAGCGGCGUCCGCGGAGCGCCGCCGUCCAGACGGUCACCCGCCGGAGGAAGGUACCGUCCCGGCGGCCGGAGUCUGCCGCGCCCGAGCCCUCCUCCAGCCGGCGGGAGGUGGUGGUGCGGCGGAGACCCGUGGCCGACGGCGGCUCGGCAGACACGGAGACCAUCUCUACUGCGGCCGACACCACGGCCGAUACCACGCCGACCACGGCGCGCUCGUCAGCCACCUACGGCGAGGGUAUGCGGGACGCUCUGGAGCCGUCCGAGCGAGCCGGCGACCUGGAGCGCGCCGAGCGGCUGCUGGGGACGCCCGACGACGCCAGCGCCGAGCAAGCCGUCACAGUCUCGGAGGGCUCCAGCGGUGACAGCGCCAGCAGCGGCGGCGGUGCGGCGCGCUCGCCGGACGCCGACCGCGCCCAGUGCCUGCUCCGCGAGGGUCUGCGGGUGGACGAGCUGGACCGGGCGCUGUGGCGGGCCGACUUCUGCCAGGAGCCGCCCGAGUGUCCGGCGUCACCGCACCGCCGCUGGGCCGGCAGCAGUGAGGAGUCGCGCUCCGUCGGCACCCAGACGGGUCUGCUGGCCGCGCGCGCCGCCGGACCGGACACGUUCCGCUGCGAGACGGUGCGACGCGAGGUGCACUCGGAGGACUCGGAGAUCAUCCACCACCCGCCGCGGCCGCCGACCGCGCGCCGCUCGGUGGCCUAUUUCCUGUCUGUGCGCCGCGGCCCGCUGCGUCUGCCGCCGGCCGAGGAGCCGGGCUGCCGGCGGGUGCUGCCGGCAGUGCGGCUCAGCCAGGAGCUGCUCCGCCAGCAGGGGCUGGCCGGCAGCGGCACCGACUCGGCCACCGGCACAGAGUGUGUCCGAGAGGAGGACGCCAUGUGCUCGGAGGACGGCCGGCGCGUGUCGGUUACCCAGCGGCGGCCGGCCGGCCCCGUCAGCGCCGCCGAGUGUCUCACCCUGCAGGAGGCGCUGUGUCGCCGCCGUCCCGACUACAUCAGAAACGCCUCCGUGCGGCGCCAGUACCUGCAGCGACUGGCUGAGCUGCGCCGGUGCAACCUGGAGCGGGCGGCGCGCGCGGCACAGACACUGCCCGAGGUGCCCACAGAUGCCGACUGGUGCCACUUCGCCGACGCCCUCCGACCAGAGAGCGUACGUCGGGCGUUCGACUACCGGGACAUGCGGCAGCACACGGAGCGCCUGUGGCGCCGGCUGCCAGAGAUCCGCGACUGUGUGGCCAAGAGGAAGAAACACGCGCAGUUCCGGACCAACCGACUCAUGUGGCAGGUCUACAGACAGAAACUGCAGGAGCGCUGUCUGCGAGGCGACGUUCACCUGACGCACCGAGACGCCGUGCUGAGCGGCGUGUGACGUCAUCCGCACGCGCACCGAGACAGACGUCAUCGGUCACCACUCCAUCGAUAGUCGAUGCUCGCUCCCAGAGUGACGUCACACCUCUCACGGGCCACGCUGCGAGUGCCGCCCGUUCCCAGCCGAUGCUAUUAGCGGCUGCCUGCUGCGUGCAAACACUAAUCACUGUGCGACAUAUGUUUUCUACAAACACUACAGCACCCACUGCCAACCACCCCAUACCACUGGAAGUCAUUCCAUAAACCAAUGGAGCUCCGAUUCAAGUACAACUUCGAUUCCACUUCAUAGUUUGCAUGUGUGUAAAGAUGUAUCGCGAAUGUGUUUUCUGCAUGAACGAAACUUCGACCAGCUUGUUAGCCACGAUAUCGCGUUUGGCGAAUGUGUGGGGGCGUUAUGGGCUAGAUGGGACGAUCCGACCCCCGAGUCGGGGACGGGGGGGGGGGGUGGCUGUCAUCCUGACCUGGUGCUGAUUCACGGCCAGGGGUCGAUGAAAUUCAUAGUGGCUGGCCGUCCGGCUGGCCAUAACGCGGGCUGUAAACUGGCGGCAGCCCUGGCCGACCCGGCGACCUCAGCCCUGAGGGGCGUCCGGGGUCGGCGGCUGGACCACCGUCAGCCCCCGGGCGGGGCGGGGCGGUCAGCCACACGCCGAGCGGAGUCCGGGCGGCGGCUGGACCACCGUCAGCCCCCGGGCAGGACAGGGCGGUCAGCCACACGCCGAGCGGAGACCGGGCGGGCAGACCCGGCUCCUCAGAGACCAUUUGUGGUGAGAUUCUUAGUCUCGUGUUGCGCGUGCUCAUGUUGAUUCAUUUUAAGUGUUCUCAUUUAGCGUUGACUGAAUACACGUCUUUUUACCGA